UCAUCACAUAUUUUUAAUUCGGAAGAUAUAGUAAAUGAAAAUAACGAAUUUUCAGAAACCGUAACUAUAAUUGAUAGCUUUUCAGAUUCCAAGGAAUUCUCUGAUAGUGAUGGGGAAGUAUCUUCUGAUGACAAUGACUCCAAUGCUGAUGAAACGAAUUUGAAAGAUUCAUCUAAGCAUGCAUCCAGUUCGGGGGUAUCACCUUCAUCUAUAAUUUUUUCAGGAGACGAAUUUUUAAUAAUAUUUAAGACGAAAGUUUUGAGACAUGAGAUAUUGUUACUCGAAAAAAUACCCCAACUCAAAAUAGCAUUACGUCCGAAAGUUCAUUAUAGCGGAAACAAUAUAUAG